GGGGGGGAAAGAUGCUCAUAUUAAUCUUAUGAAUAUUCAUGGAGAAGCUCUGCUGCCUUGGGAGGUUGACUCCCAGGGUAGGAGUUUGGGGGGCCGUAGGUGAGAGGUGCCGGCGGCGGCGCGGAGCCCGGCGGCUGCUUGUGCAUUCGCCGCAUGCCUGACUGCAGAGCCAAUUCGGCAGAAAGAUGGUGUUUGCGGUGUUUUUGCACGAUGCUCGGAGGAGCCGGGGAAGGUCAAAUCCAGCCGAACUCCUGAGCGAGUCGCUGGGGAGCGAGCGGUGGGGAGAAAAUGCAGGAAAAGGAGAAAAACUGGGACAGAUGCAGCCUCCUCUCCUCCGGGCCUGGCAGAAAAGGGUUAAGCGAAGCGGUUGAAUGCUGCAAGCCUUGUCAGGGUUGUACUAUUUUUUCUAGUGCAUAAGGAGAAGGGAGAGGAGGGUCGCACGGAAAAGGGAAAUUUCCAAGAAAAGAGGGAUCUGCGGCAAUAUCUGCACCUGGGGUGAUGAGGAGAGGAACCAACAGGCGUAAAUGGCCGGAGACGGCUGAAAUCUUUGCCGAGGAGAUCGGGACCGCGGGGUUAUUUUCCACCUGCCUCCCCUACCCGGUUCUGUAAUCCUGGCUCAAAGUAGACAAGUCGAGUUGGAGCUGAAGAAGGGAGGUUAGAGGGGUUUGGGGCGAUGCCACACCUCCCGAGGACACUGGGGACAUCGGGGUUUGCUGAGCUUAGCAUCUUUUCAGCGUCGGACCGAAGGCAUCAGACAGACGCUCGUCUGCCCUGAAGUGCGGAUCUGCAACAGCUACCGAGAAGACUCUGUCUCUCUGUCUCUCUGUCUCUCUUUCUCUCUCUCUCCAGUCCAAACCAUUACAAGACCUGACUUCCACCAUCUGGGAAUCUAACCCCUUUUAUGUCCCUUCUCCUUUUUCUACGAUGACUCACCAUUAUUUUUAACUUUGAAGAGAGAGGAAAUUAUGGGGAUCUUGGAAGCCUGUAUUUCUCUCUAGGAUUUCCCCAGGGUCAGAUAAUCGGUGUUACUAAGAGACACUAAGAUUUGGCUUCUCCAGCAGGGGCAAUUUUCUUUCCUUUUUUUUUUUGUUUUGUUUUUUUUUGUUGUUGUUGUUUGUUUGUUUGUUUUUAGUUUAAUUUCAUUUAUUUUCUCUUUCUUUUUCUUUUAAUCAUCCCUUCGCCUUUUCAUGAGACACUUCCAAACCUACGUACCUGUCCUUCUGCAGGAUAGUAGCCCUGCCCUGAAUCCGAUCCCACCACCGGGCCCUGGGAAGAGUUUAGCAUAAGGAUUUCUUUUAAACCCCAAUAUGACAGUUGCUACCGGAGAUCCUGCAGAUGAAGCUGCAGCUCUUCCCGGUCACCCGCAGGACACGUAUAACCCUGAGACCGACCAUGAAUGCUGCGAGAGGGUGGUCAUUAAUAUUUCGGGGCUGCGCUUUGAGACGCAGCUCAAGACGCUCGCCCAGUUUCCAGAGACCUUACUGGGGGAUCCUAAAAAGAGAAUGAGAUAUUUCGACCCACUCCGGAACGAGUAUUUCUUUGACCGGAACAGACCCAGCUUCGAUGCGAUUUUGUACUAUUACCAGUCUGGUGGGAGGUUGCGGAGGCCGGUUAACGUGCCCUUAGAUAUCUUCUCGGAAGAGAUUCGUUUCUAUGAACUGGGGGAAGAAGCGAUGGAGAUGUUUCGGGAGGAUGAAGGCUACAUCAAAGAAGAGGAAAGGCCGUUGCCUGAGAACGAGUUUCAGAGACAAGUGUGGUUGCUCUUCGAGUACCCCGAGAGCUCGGGCCCUGCCAGGAUUAUAGCUAUUGUCUCCGUCAUGGUGAUUUUAAUCUCCAUCGUCAGCUUUUGCCUGGAAACGUUGCCCAUUUUUCGGGAUGAGAACGAAGACAUGCACGGCAGCAGGCUGAGCCAUCCCCCCUACUCCAACAGCAGCAUGGGGUACCAGCAGUCCACCUCUUUCACAGACCCCUUCUUCAUCGUGGAGACACUUUGCAUCAUCUGGUUCUCCUUCGAGUUCUUGGUGAGGUUUUUCGCCUGCCCCAGCAAGGCUGGGUUUUUUACCAACAUCAUGAACAUUAUAGACAUCGUAGCCAUCAUUCCCUAUUUCAUCACCUUAGGGACGGAGCUGGCCGAGAAGCCGGAGGAUGGUCAGCAAGGCCAGCAGGCCAUGUCCUUGGCCAUCCUUCGAGUCAUCCGCUUGGUGCGGGUCUUCAGGAUCUUCAAACUCUCCCGGCACUCCAAGGGGCUGCAGAUCCUGGGCCAGACUCUCAAGGCCAGCAUGCGGGAGCUGGGCCUCUUGAUAUUUUUCCUCUUCAUCGGCGUCAUCCUCUUCUCCAGCGCCGUCUACUUUGCCGAGGCCGACGAGAGCGAAUCCCAGUUCCCGAGCAUCCCCGAUGCCUUCUGGUGGGCCGUGGUUUCCAUGACGACUGUUGGCUACGGAGACAUGGUCCCCACGACCAUCGGGGGGAAAAUAGUGGGUUCCUUGUGUGCCAUCGCUGGCGUAUUAACGAUUGCCUUACCAGUGCCCGUCAUAGUCUCUAACUUCAAUUACUUCUACCACCGGGAGACGGAGGGAGAGGAGCAGGCUCAAUAUUUGCAAGUAACCAGCUGCCCAAAGAUCCCCUCUUCCCCUGACCUAAAGAAAAGCAGAAGUGCCUCUACUAUUAGUAAGUCUGAUUAUAUGGAGAUUCAGGAAGGCGUAAACAAUAGCAAUGAGGAUUUUAGGGAGGAGAACUUGAAGACAGCCAAUUGCACCCUAGCUAACACAAACUAUGUGAAUAUCACCAAAAUGCUAACCGAUGUCUAGUCGCUAAAAUCUAGUAACGUAUUUAAAGCUGAAGUGGAACAAUUGCAGAUAUUGAGUGCUGCUCUGCAUUGUAGUUAAUAACAGUAUUUUCUACGGUGUAUAUUUGGUUCUGCAUGGGAAGCAAUAGCUGUGUAAGUGACUUUUAACCUUUGAUUUCCACACCGAAUAAGCGUUCGUGCGAGGAAAAAAAACCACAAAAACCCAAAAAACAACAACCACAAAACAAACCCAAACCAUUUCGUUUCCCUUCUCCCAUCCCAGGCUUGUGGGUUUCCAAAGAUCUGAAGCGGUCGGGCGUUUCGAGCGAUGGGAUGGGGAUGUUGGGGGGCAGCUCCGGACCAUCCCGGGGUACCAGGAAGGCCGGUCCCUUGUCCCGCGGAGCUGGGUGACGGCCAGUUUCCAGGCUGGGAAAGGUCAGGCAGAGCUUAACGAAGGGAAGAUGCAGUCGUGUGGCCGAAUUGCUUGAAGGCUCAGGUUUCCGCCCCGGGAAUGCCAAGUGCGAACGCAUCGCCCAGGCUCGUGUUUCAUAACUGAAAAUGCUGCAUGCUGCAAUAGUUUCAGCCACUGCAGUAUGCCAGUGUGAGGCCCAGGGGAGGGAUAAUUAGUAUGACGGCACAUUAUUUAUUAAGUCUUAAAUUUUCUAUGCUAGGCAUCGGGAGGGACGAGUAAAUAAAUCAAGCGCUUGGAUUUGAUUUAUUUAUUUAGAUGACACUUCCAUCACCAAUAUUUCCAGGAUCACCAAAGACACCUCCACAAAGACACAUUGAAAAUGAGUUGGAAAAAGCAUCUUUUUUUAUAUCUAUAUAUAAAACUGGAGCAACUAUGCUGUGGCCUACAAUAUAUUUAUACUGCAGUGAAAUUUAACCAGUAAUACAGUACAGCUGCAUGGGUAUUUGUUGCAUGAAUCUGAAUAUUUAAUACACACACAAAUAUAUAUUUUCUUAGUAGACUAUACAGUAUUCAUGUUUAUAGUGUUUAUAGAUUCUCCGGUGGCUCGAAGGAGAUUCAUGGAAGUUAAAAAAAUCACCGUUAUCUUUAAAAACUGGAUGGGGAAGGCAUGUGCUGACAACAGUUUGAUAGAUAACAAGGCAAAGCCUGAGUGUCCGAGCAUCCAGACGCGAGAGCCGACUAACGCGAGCGAGGGAAGGUGAGCUGAAAGUUAAACACCUGCACUCAUUAUAGGGCGAGUAAUUAGUCAUUAAUCUUGGUGUCAGGAGCAGAACCCAUGGCGGAUCGGAGAGGGCGCGAGGAGCAGGUGGAAGAGCAGGUACCGGCUCUCCUGACUUGUUUGUUCAGCAAUUUUCAGCUCUUUCCUGUACAAUUAUCGUGUGUGUGUGUAUAUAGAUAUUUAGAGAGCGACUAUAGGGCCGAAUCCUCAGCAAACGUGAGCACUUGGAGCAUCAGGGACUUCCCGGCUCAGGGGUGCCGGGAUGGUGGGACAUGGGCUGGAGCAGGAUGCCCUGCCCCGGGGCGCCCGUGGGAUCACCAGGGCAGGGUGCGUUUUGGGCUGGAAAACACCUUUUCAACCAUGCAGAGCCUCAGGGCUGGUGGUUUGUUCCUUUGAGGUGGAGGCGGCGCGUGCGGAGGGCGGGCUGGACCCGAGCUGGCACCUCUGAGCCUUGGCUUUGCCCCCUCCCAGGGUUUUAGGAGGGGUGAGUCGAGGCGCAGAGACCCUGGGGUGGUCUCUUCUUCUUCUUCUUCUUCAUCCCCGGCGUUAUCUGGGGAUAGGCGGGAGCUGUCGGGCCAGGGGGGGUCUCGCCUGCUUUCCCCAUCCCCGUCAGGGUUUCCUUGCGUUUUCCCCCCAUUGCUGCCAGUCCCCGGGGAUGGGCGCCCCGUUCCUCCGCCCAGCCGGGGAAUAGAGGGAUGCAAACCUCUUCUGAGGUCGCGGUCGAGCAAAACCUCCCCGGGCUGUGGGUUGGGGUUUAGCAGCCUGUUGAGUUGGGGUGAAUUUGGGCUGAAUCGGGGCACGGGCAGUGCUGUACCGCCGCGGUGAAGUGUGGGCACAAGGAGGGAAGCCCAUUGCAGAGCGUGCCGGGGAGGUCAAUCAAAGCCUUCCUGAGCUCGGAGAGGAAAAACCCUACAAAUAACAAUAAAAUAAACGGUGCUAGCGUAUUCUACAGCAAUGGUUCAAAAUGCUGCUCUGGGGCCAGCUCCAUCCCUCGCGCUGAUGUGGCUCCACUCAGCCAGGUGGAAUCACUCCUCGUUUUUACUUGAUGGAUUGAUUGAUUCAGGCCUGGCUGUAAUUAAUACCCAGUGUCCAUGAUUAGUGCAUGAGAGCCCUGGCUUCUGCUGGGUGCAAAGGACCAGCAGCAUCAAUGCGUUGGGUCUCAAAGGUGCUCAGCACCACGCAGUGUCGGACCCCCCAGCCUGUCUUUAAUUACAUCUUGUUAUAUUAGGAGCCCUCUCCUCCCUCUCUGCUGCCGCAGCUCUGAAAUGGGACCCCCUGAAGCUCGUUAACACCUUAAACACACACAUAAAAAGAAGCAAUGCAACCGAAAGCAAUAAAUCUCUGCUUCUGAAGCUUGUCCCAUGGGACGGGAUGGGGCUGGAGCGAGCCACUGGCUUGGGCACGAUUCUCAGGGUGGUGGUGGGCCAGCUUCCAUGGAGCUGGCUCAUCGGAUGCCCGACGUGCUGGGAUGCUGCCCACCCACCCGUGGGCGCUCCUACCAGUGGGCGGUCCCAUCCCUGGUGGGUGGGAAAGCACCCAGGGCAGGUUGCUGCGGGGUUUUUUGGGAGGGUGCUGGCCCUCAGCGAGACUUUGUUUAACGCCCGCGGGCUUCCGAUGCUUUGGGGCGAGCGUCUGCCAAAGUGCUGGGUGCGUCUUGGGAGCACGAGCGCUGUUGUGGGUCGAUAGGGAUCACGGGGUUUUUGGAAGAGGUGCUGUUUUGGCCAUGGUGUCUCCGUGGGCUUUCCGAGGCCGGGCACAAGGGGAGAGCGGGUCCGUGAGCAGCAUCAGGCACAUCCAAAUCCACGCUCCAAGCUGGGGGGUUCCCAGCUGUCUUGGGAACCCCCAGAGCCACAUCACAGGGAUGAACGGUGCCGAAGAGCAAGAGACCACGUUCCUCCUGUUGUCACCGAUGUGAGCUGACAUCUGUCCCCACGGCAAGAGCAGCACGGCCCGUCCCUUCCUUGGGAUGGAUCCUGCACCUCUUGUGCUGAUCCAGGCAGAUGUUCCUGGGGAAAACGAGCCGUGGUGGGAGAGCGUCUCUGCUGCCCUCGGCACAGUGUUCGGGAAAUAGGGAACGCACCCGGAGAAGCGCCGGCAUGUUUGGUUCAGGGCAAAAAAGGUCUGUGGGGGCUGUGACUGGAAGCGAUCUGUCAGGCUGCACAAAGCAGAAGGGUCCAGGUUUCUCCCCCGCACGGAGAAACGGUUCCCCUAUAGCUUUUAAUGGGAUUUGUGCCUGCAGGUCGGAGCUCUAGUGCUAUUUCUAGCUUUGCUUCUGACUCACUGAUGUGAUCUUGAACCAGUUUUUCAGGAGGAGACUGUGAUUUUUUUUUUUUCCCUUUUUUUUUUUUUUUUUUUUUUUUCUUGAGGAAUUUGGUUUGAGAGACUCUGGGCCCGUUUCUGCGGAGAUGCUGAGCAUCCCAAACUCCCCCUGGCUCUGAAAGUGUGCAAAAAUGAGCAUUGGCUCAUUCAAUCCUCAGUGCAAAAAUGGCUCGGGCUGAGGAUGCUAAAUUAGGGACCGGGGAGGGGGAGAGUCCCACCAUCGACGUUAGAUGCAUGGGGCCACCAAACGUAGGUGGUGUGGUUGCCUCUCCUCCUCCCGUGGAGACGUUUGCCGCUCUCCAGGGCUGGGAUGGAGGACUGAAGCUCUCUGGUGCGAGAAGGUGCUCCUGGGUUGGCACCCAGAGGAGACGACACCUAUAUUGUAGUUUAAUCCUUUGCGACGUGGUUUUUGGAGAGAUGGAAAGCGGUGAUUACAGCGCAGGUUGUCUUCUAACACCCAACCACACGCCUGGACCCGUGAGCAACCCGUCAGCUCUUUAAUACCUUCCGAAAUCUCUGCUAAGGGCAAUGGGGUGAGGCUCGUACACCAGCUGGACGCCACCAAGUGAUUAGGGCUGCUUGGAAAAAAUUAUCUGUAUGGGGUGAUGCGUUUUAUCAGGAAAACUAAUCUCUGCGGCGAUGUUUGGUGUCAGAGUCCUCCAGAUUUGAAUCCAGAGCUAUACGAAGAAAAGGAUCUCUAGAUUGGUGUUAUGAGAGUGUAGCACGUGGGUGUAUAAAUAUGGGCAUAUUUGUGCAUAAAUACACAGAAGGAGAGAAAAAGACAGAGGGGGAGGAGGUAUUUCAGGAAGGGCCUUGCUUUGUUAUCAGAUAAUUCCUGGGUCAGCCCUCGAAAUUGCUGCCAAAGUCUUGUAGCUUUUCCAGAGCUUGCAAUACGCUUAGGGAUGGGCCCAAGCGAAGGAGAUCGGGAUCCAGCCUUGGAAUUGGGAGCAUCCCGAGGGGCUGGUGGUCUCCGGCUCCGCAUCCCUCUGCAAACCGGCAGCUUUGCAGCGUCUCUGCUCUGGAUCCCGAAUCCCCGGCUUGGGCCCACCGCCACCGUUUCUGUGACUGCGCCGGCAAAGCCGAGCAGAAGUUGAAGGGAUCUGUUUGAGGCGCGAGCGCCCGGCGGCACCGGGUGGCGUUUUGGGUGGGGUUUGUUUGUGUGGUUUUGUUUUUUUUUUUGUGUAAUGGCUGGAUUUCAAGUCCCUCAAAUCAUGCUGGUUUUUGGUCCCAGGGUGGUGGCAAGAAGCAUCUCCCAGUUUUGGAGCUGGGGUGGGUUUAUCUCAAGGGCCAUGGAAGGGUCCCAGGGGUUUCUUCUGUCGGUGGGGGGCUGGUCAGCAUGCUGUGAGGGCGAAAGGGGAGGAGGAGUCAGCCCCAAAGCAUUUUGUUUUGCACCCAAAAAAAAGGCUGUGGCUCCCCCCUCACACCCCUGGCAGCAUUCAACCCCCUCCAUGGCCAGCGCAUCCCUUGGUCCCUCCCAUCGAGGACCGGCUGCUGUGUCCCACUGGGAAUCCCAAGGGAGGACAAGGUCCCCCCCGCCAUGCAGCAGCCGCUCUCCUGCCCCCGGCCAGAGCGCUGCCCUUCCCCAGCCCCGUGGGAACGGUGCCCCAUGGCCUCGCUCUCCCCGUGACGUUACAGCAUUUGGCUGCCCAAAUUUCAUCCCCCGCCUCUCAGAAAUGGCUGCCUCAACCCUGCCGCAUCCCAUCACAGGGGAGAGGGACCAGCCUCCGGUGGUGUAAAUCCCUGAGACCACAGCGCUGAUUUACACCUGGGGACCAGAUUCCCCAGCUGUAUGUGAUGGGAGAGAAAUUCCUUAUCUGUGUCUUUCCUCUGGGAGGGACAAUUUGGCUUGUGGGAGAAGGUGGACAUCACGUAACCACGCAAGGUCCCCACCUGUGGACCCUCGUGGGGACCACGUCCCCUCCCCAGCCCUGCCUGGCUGUCCUGAGCUUGGGCUUGGUCUUUCGGGUGUUGGUUUGAAUUUUUUUUUUGGUUGGUUUUUAAUUUUUCUGCUGCCUCGAAGACUGUAAUUAUCUGUUUGCACUUGCUCCCUCGUUGCUUGAGGCUGCGCUCUUGUCCUCCAGUGUCAUACGCCGAAGCGCAACGGGGAAAAAAAAAUGGGUAUUGGAUCAACCCUGCGUGCGGUGCCUAAUUUGAGCGAAUCGAUAGGAAGAGGAAAUCCAAGAAGGACUCAUCCUAAGGAUGCUGGAGCCGAACCUUUUGUUUCCAUGGUUACGGGAGAACUGGGACCAGGAAUGGAGAGAGGCCUAUAAACUGUUAAAGGAGGACUCGUGGGAAUUUCAAGUCAUUUAACCAUGCGUUUGCUAGACAAAAAUUUAGACACCAGCUGUAUCCGAAUUGCACAGUGUGUAUAGACGUUACUGCUCUUAUUGACGCCGCGGGGGUGUCCUGGGGGUCGGGCGGAUCUACGGGCUGAGAGGCACCCGGGUCAAUAAGGCUGCCCGUUGUAUAUAGGUAUACAGAUCUGUGUACAUACGUAUUCCAAAUGAGCAUUUGCUGUCUGGUUUAUCAUGAGUGUAUAUAAUUUAUUCUUCACAGAGUAUCACAAUUUUUGUAAAUAUCGGCACUAAUUAAGAGAAAAUAAAUAUGUAUAUUAUUGAGGAG